AUGCCAACAACCCGCGCCGCAACCGGGUCCUCCCGCCCACGUAACUUCCCCGCUGACCCAGCCCCCGCGCCUCCUGUAGCCGCGAAGACGAAGACUUCUAAGCCAAAGACUGUGAAGGCAAAGGCGAAGGCUAAUACGUCGAAAUCUCGGGAUCUGAAGGUCGUGAGUGGGCGUGUUGAGAAGCCGGGAGCGAAGGCUGGGAAGAAAGAUGGGAAGAAAGAGGUGAAGAAGGCUGACGGGAAGACGAAGAAGGAAGAGAGCAAAGUGGAAGGGAAGUUGAAGAAGGUAGCGAAGAAGGUGGAGGGGAAGGCGGAUAAGGGGGUUGGGGAGGUGGUGGGGGAUGAGGGGAAGGUGGCUGAUGGUGAGAAGAAAGAGAAGACGGCGAGUGCGACGACCAAGAAGGCUACGGCUGGGCCGAAGGCGAAGAAGGCUUAA